UCUGUAGAUCCUAGGAGACGUGCAGCGAACAUCUAGGAUCUGGAGCAGUGAGCAAACGUCUAGGUUCUAGAUCAGUCGCGUGCACAUUAGGUAUCAUGUAGAUACCUUACGCACACGCUAUGCGUCGCCUUUCUUUAGCUUAGUCCAUGGCUUCCGGGGAUACCGGUGUGCAGAGGGACGGAUCGGUCCCUGGUGGCUCCUCCUGGCCACCAGGGUUCGGCGUCCCUCCAGCUUCAGCCUACGCACGUCCGCUUCCAGGCGAUUCUUCAGGUGUUUCUGCGCACGAAAUUAACUCGCAUCUUGUAGCUAACCAUGAUCCGAUGGCGGGAAACGCUUGGCAUUUUGGACCGUCGGAUGCGAGACAGUUCGGAUUAGGCCCUGCUCGAGCUGCGCUUGGUUCUGAUCCCGCUGCUCGCAAUUUAAAUCUAGGCGAUGAUUCGUCGUCGCUCUCCGGCGGAUCUGGCGGUAUAGCACACUCAGCGAACCCUAUUGAUUCGAUAUUAUCUAGGCUAACUCCAGGCAGCGGAUUGGCCGGGUUGCCAGGCGAAGCUACGGCUCCGCGAGUUUCGGGUCCUGCUGUCUCGCAAGGAAUGAACGGGAUCGGCCGUGCGACGCAUACGGAACAGAUGAUACCAUUGCAGCAGCAACCGCAGAACCAGCAUCAGCAUCAGCAGCAGCAGCAGCAGCAGCAGCAGCAGCAGGCUCUUUUCUUGCAGCAAGAUUUCCCGCAGCUGCAGCGCCAGCAGAUUCUCGAAGCUCCUCCUCCGCCGUCCGAUGGAUAUUCUCGCAUAUCGACGGACCACAUGCUAUCGUGGCAAGUGGAGGAGUAUUUUCAGCAGCAGCGGAGGCAGCAGGCGCUAGCCGGGCUUGUGACUCAGCAGCCGUUCGCGCUCGACUCAGGACCGCUCGGAUUGCCACGUCAUCCGCAACAGACGCUCGGUCCACCUGCAGCCACGUCAUUGGAGCACAGUCAGAAACAUCAUCAGCAUCAGCAACAGCAGCAGCUUCAGCAGCAGCGUUUUCAGGGGUCUCAAGCCGGUGCUCCGUUAUACGGCGACUCUGUACAGGCACAGUUCUCGUCCCUCCCCGGAGGCGUUCUCAGCAGCCAUUUCCCCUCGGGCUCAUCAGCGACUCGAUCAGACGGCGAUCUCGGCCAGAUCUACGGUCCACGGGACUCACAGGCUCUCCCCCGCCCUCCGAACAGUCUCGGAUUCGCCUUAAACGAGACGCGAAAUUCCCAGAAUCUACAGGAUGUCGGUCCCAUGGCGCCGAACCCUUCGGAGAAGUACGAGGUUCCUUCGUACCUUAAAGAGUUAUGGUCCGAUUCUCCUGUUCACGGUUCCCCACUCCGCGCGCCCGGGGCGCCUUCUAACAUGGAUGGGAUGCGAGGCGGACAGACGUUCUCUCUCGGACCAGGAAUGGGGAUGGGGGGGCUAACGAUUGGCGAUGCAUCAGCAGGAGCACCGGGGAGGUUCGGAGGGGAAGGAGGAUUCGGAAGGGAGCUGGAAGGCGGGAGAGGAGGGCUAGGAGGGGUUGGAGGAGGGGGUGGGGGAGCGGGGGAAGGAUUUGGGGGGAGUGGGGGAGGAGGGGGGCGCGGAAGUCCGUCUCUUGCGCCUUACCCGCAUCACGGGCUGAACGGAGGUGAUCUGCGCUUGCAAGGCUUUCCCAAUCCGGGUGGGCCGUUCGACCAGCGCCGAGCCUCGUUAGAAGGCUCCCCGUUUGGAAGAAAAGCCGGCGUGGAGCAGGGCAGAAACUCCCCUAUUCGAUCCUCUUUGAGCAACUGGCCGUACGGGCCUAGCGAGGCCGAAGCCGAUAGAGCACCAAACGGAGCGCCGGGACGUGGGGACAGCCGGUUCAACCCUACGAGGGGAGUCAAUGGGAGGGCGCCAGGACGAGGGGGGGAUGGAGCUAGUGAAGAAGGUUUUCCUGGUGCGAGUGGUGGUGGUGGUGGGUGGGAUGUGAGCGGCGGGCUAAGCAACGGAGGCAUGUUAGCGGGAGGUAGAAGAGACGACGGGUUGGAGGUCGGAGACACGUGGGGUCGUGCUACUGGUGCCUUCGGGCCUGAGGGGCUUCACGGGAGCCUCCCUCCACCGCUGCACCAGCGCUUCCCGAAAGACCACCAGCAGCAGGGCGGGACCAUGGGUGCGUUAACUUCUGAUGCUAACAACGAGGGGGGAUUUAACGCGGACGAGCUGACCCUGGAGCAACUGACCGACCCAGCUGCUGCGGCUGCGCUGGAUGGUCCGUCCAGCCAGCAGACCAUCAUGGACCUCCUCGCCGCUGCUGGCAUCCCCUUCGGCCCCACACAACCGAAACUCUCUGGCUUGCACCAGCAGCACCAGCAGCAGCAGCAGUACCAGCACCAGGAGCAGCAUCACCAGCGGCAACAGUUCCAGCAGCAGCAGCAGCAGCAGUUCCAGCAGCAGCAGCCGCCGCCACAGCAGGGAAGGGCGCAGCCAACGGCGCGCAAGCUGUUCAACGAUGACAUGUUUCCUCCCCUGGGCUCGCCUUCCCCAGCUUCCGCCAGCAAGCCUGGGGCAGGCGCGGACGGCGGUGGGGGCGGGGCGGGCAGGGGCGCAGCAGGUGCGGAGGGAGAUGAGUCCGGCGGGGGUGCAGGCGCGGGGAAGGGCGCGGUGGAGCUGAGGGAGUCGCUGGAGGCUCUAGCUGAAGAUAUGAUGGCGUUCGACCUGACGGGGGAACGGACGGGUGACCGGAUGGGUGAACUGACGGGUGACCUGGCUGGUGACUCCGGGCAGUUUCACCUUCCGCAGGGGCAUGCGGGGCAGCAGCAGCAGCACGUUUCUCGCAACCAGCAGCAGCAGCAGCAGCAGCAGCAGCAGCACGGUAUCCCCAUCCAUCCGCAUCGCCACCACGCUGCCUUCACUGCCGCCCCUCGCCACCCCCCUGGCUCCAGCCCCGGCCAGCGGUUCAGGCACCCCGAGCAGCAGCAGCAGCAGGGACGGAACGUGCAGCAGCAGCAGCAGCAGGAGCCGCAGCAGCAACAAGUCCAGCCGAGGGCCCAGCAGCAGCAACACCCCAACCAGCAGCAGCAGCACCCGAGCCAGCCGAACCAGCAGCAGCAGCAGGUGGGGCAGUUCCGCCCGCACGCCCACCGCGCGCCCUCGCUCCGCGUGGAUCUCGCCCGCCUGAACGCGCACCUCCUCACCCUCUUCCGCUCGCUGGAGCCCACUGCAGAGGAGGCGCAGCGCAGAGAGGCGCUCAUGCGCCUGCUGGGCCGCGUCACGGCGGUUGCGUACCCCCAGGCGCAGUUGUACCUGUACGGGUCGUGCGCCAACUCGUUUGGUGUGAGGAACUGCGAUGUGGAUAUUUGCCUGGCGCUGGAGGGGCCGGAUGUGUCGCGCGUGGAGGUGAUCACUAACAUGGCGAACGCGCUCAGAGCCGAGGGCAUGCGGAACGUGCAGGCGCUGACACAUGCACGUGUGCCCAUAGUGAAGUUCCUCGACCCCGCGUCAGGCGUAGCGUGCGACAUGUGUGUCAACAACCUGGCCGCCGUGGCCAACAGCCGGCUGCUGGCGGACUAUGGGGGCGUGGACGAGCGCGUGCGGCAGCUGGCGUUCCUGGUGAAGCACUGGGCGAAAAGGAGGCAGAUCAACGAGACGUUCCGCGGCACACUCUCGUCCUACGCGUACGUGAUCAUGUGCAUUCACUACCUGCAGCAGCGCCAGCCGCCCAUUUUGCCCUGCCUCCAGGAGAUGCAGCCGCACACGUACCGCAUGCAGGUGGGCGACGUGCUCUGCUCCUACUACGACAAGGUGGAGACGCUGCGGGGCUUUGGCGCGGCCAACGGGGAGACGGUGGGCGAGCUGCUGGCGGGGCUCUUUGAGUACUGGGCCUUCCGCCACGACUACAACCGCUCGGUUAUCAGCAUUCGCACGGGCGGGUUCCUCAGCAAGGAGGAGAAGGAGUGGACGCGCAGGGUGGGCAACGAGCGGCACCUCAUCUGCAUAGAGGACCCCUUCGACCUGUCGCACGACCUGGGCCGUGUGGUGGACCGCAGCUCCAUCCGCGUGCUGCGGGACGAGUUCCACCGCGCCGCCAAGGUCAUGCGCCACGACCCCGAGCCCUAUGUGACGCUCUUUGAGCCGUACGUGCGAGAGGAUGAACGGUGAGGAUGGACCGAAAAGUGCCGAGAUAGGGCCGAGAGAGGGCCUCGAACUGUGGAUUUGUUGGGGGGAGAUACUGUCCGAUGGUAGCCAUCCUUGUGGACGGUUUGGUUGAAGGUUUGACGCAGACAAUCGUGGGUUGGGUUGGGUUAGGUGGGAUGAGGUGAGAAUUCCCCAUACUCGUUUACUACUCGGUACAUACGGUAAAAGGGGGUGUUUACUUCUGAACUUUAGAGCUUGGUUAGGUUGACUUCUCUCUUCGCUCUGCUUGUCUGCCGGAUAUGUACUACUGACUGAAUCAUUCUCUUCACUCGAACGC